AUGGGGUUCUUCACCAGGUCUAAGAAGGCGAAGAAGCAUUCACCGGCGAGCGGAACCAAAGACCAAAGCCGAUGCGCGCCUCGCCCACCCAGUCAUGUCUCGCAAGGCCGGCAUCUGAGCAUCAAUCCCCUUCCGCAACCUCCACCCUUCCAGCCGGCCGGCCUUCUGCCUCCACCUCCAGGGUGGCAUGGUGGGGUGCAGCCUCCCCUAUCGUACCAGCAGCCCGGAGCGUAUCCACCCAUCAUCGUGAACCAGCACCAUUAUUAUCUGGGACCUCAACCCUCUGCGCAAACCCCGGCUAGGCCUCAUGCCACGAACAGCCCCGUAAGCACACUGAAUCUCGGGUCAGUCGCGGAUCUGGCCAAGGAGGUAUGGCAAGGAAGCGGUAUUCCACGGCUGGUAGGCGACGCGCUGCCGCCGACAUGGCAAAGCUGCGGUGGCCAACUGAUCAGCCAAGGCAAUGCCUUGGUCGAUGAGAUAUCGAACCGAUUCGACGGUGUCUUGACCAUGAUCGACCAAGGCGGUUACGAUGGAAAGGAGCAAGAUAUUUACGCAUGGCAGCCGACAGAGAUGUCGACACCUUCACCGCUGCCGGGGGUGCGCCAAGGGGAGAAGAGCCUUUCCAUGACUAGCAGAAAGAGCCAAGGGAAAGACCGUCGUAAGGGCCAGACCACCGCGGCGCCAACAGAGCUUUCCGGGAGCUUUUUUGCAAGAGUGGACUGCUACGCAAACUCAAGGUUGCCCAUGAACUUGCCGCCGCUCAGAUUGUACAUCCCCACGUAUCCCCUGCUCUGCCUGGCGGCUCAGUACUCGGAACGUGUGUAUGAGCCGCCGACUGGGUGUGCUGAACGGGAUGCACACGUCGGGGCCGACUGGCGGACGGGUACUAAGGCCAUGGUGAUCAAGUCAGUGCCGAUGGACCACAUGAACACCAUCGUCUUUGCCAUUCGCGGAACGGCCACCUUCAUGGAUUGGUCCGUCAAUCUCAAAAUGGCCCCAACGUCCCCUGAUGACCCCGGAAACCUCUGCCACGCCGGCUUCCUCUCCGUCGCGCGGAACAUGGUGGCCCCAGUAGCCCGUCGACUACGCCAGCUGCUCGAGGAAGACCCAGGACGGGCCUCAUACUCGCUGCUCAUCACAGGCCAUAGUGCCGGCGGUGCAGUUGCCGCGCUUCUAUACAACCAUAUGAUCGCCACGUCCAAAGCGGCCGAGAGCGAGCUGAACACGGUGGUUGGGUGCUUCAAGCGGAUCCACUGUAUCACAUUCGGUACACCACCUGUCAGCCUGCUCCCCCUGACCAAGCCCAACGAUUACGUGCUCCGUCCGCAACUGAAGAAGAGCCUUUUCCUGAGCUUCGUCAACGAAGGCGACCCGGUGACCCGAGCCGACACGGCGUACGUGAAGAGCCUGCUACAGCUCUACGCGACGCCAGCCCCAGGGAUGGCCGCCGAAUCGCGCGAGCCAGCUCUUUCCCGGGUGGACUACAACAAGAACAACAACAACAACAACAACAACAACAACAACAACCGUAAAAAGCAGCAACGAAGCGAUAAGUCCUCAAACACGUCCACCAAGAAAUCCACCACCGCGACGCCGGACACCUCGUCCUCUUCCCUGCAAACGAAGCAGCCCCCAGCAGGUCCCAUAUGGAACGUCCCGCCGUGCACCCUCAGCUGCGCAGGCCGCAUCGUGGUGCUGCGGUCGGGCGAUCCGAAGGCCAGGUUCAGGAGCAAAAAGAAGACGACGGUCGAGGAGCGGCUCCACGAGGGCGUCGUGGCACAGAUUGCCACGGACGAGCAGCUAAGGGGGGUGAUCUGGGGCGAUCCGGUGGCGCAUAUGAUGAGACUGUACGUGGGGAGGAUCGAGGUGCUUGCUGUUGGGGCUGUUACGGGACAGGGGUAUUGA